AUGACGGCGGGGAACAGCAGGGCACUGUGGUGGCGACCACCCACAAGGGCAGCCUGGCGUGUGCAGCAAGCGGCGCUGGCCAGGGUCAAGUGGCUCCGCGAGGAUGCAAGACGCAUGGACUCGACGACGGGCGGCUUGAUCUGGAUCUGGCCUACCAGCAAGAACAAGCAAAGCACCUCCGCUGCAGUGCACCGCGAUCAAAGAAAUGGCCGACAGCGAAUAGCGCAACGUCGCCGUAAGCGGUGCGACAUGGAAAAGGGGAUUGGGAAGGCGCAAAAGAGGGAACAGGAACGGAACAACAAGGAGCAACAAAUGGAACAGCGGCCGCGAGACGAAACGGAUCGACCCAACCAGCGCAGGCCAGAUGAGGGGUUGGGGCCGGGAAGGGGCAAGGGUUGGGAGGCAGCGAGAUUGUGCGCAGAGCCCUUUGGGGGGUUGGAGGAGGAUUGGCGAGACGAACGGGCUCUGCUCGCGUGGUGA